AAAUAUCAUAUAGUCACUCACACAUAUAUAGACACAUUGCAAAGUCACUAGCAUCUUUUUCUUGCAUCCUUCCUACACAGCCUGUCAAGCCUGAAUUAUUAAUCCUAUGAUUAUAGUACUUUUAAAUUUAAGCUCUUUUCUUUGUUGUUUCUUAGUAAAGGCUUGAGUGCUUCUUAUACUUACUGUUAUAUUCUAUGAGAUAUCUUUCUCAGGAUUCUCCAUGUUGUUUGGUUGAUCCAUCCUUUUUGUCUAUCAAGGUGAAUCAUGAAAGAAUUGACCAAUUGUAAUAAUAUUAGUAUUGGACUUAUGUGUAAAAAUGGUGGCAUGAGUUAGGAAGAAUAUGUUCAAUGAUCUUCACCAGAGAAUGCUGCAAUUCUUCUACUUCUUAUUACAGAUUUGAAGAUGAAGUAAGUACUGCUGUUAAUGGCCAUAUGGCUAGUACUGCAUGGUACUGCUGCUGCUGUUGUGCUCUCAUCAUAUAGUCACAGGACCACAUCGUAGUUGCUUUUACUAUUCUAUAUCUAUUGUUCAUGUUACAUUACAUCCUGAUUCAAUUUUCAUGUCAUCGUUUUAAAAAACUAGACAAAACCAGUCGAUUCAACCGGUUGAACUGGAAAUUGGUCAGUUCGCUGAUUGUUUUGAUCCCAAACUCCUGAGGUUGAACUGCAGUCGAUCUGAUUGAACCGGUUGAACCAGCUCGUUUAAUACAGGCAAUGUUUACUUUUGAACAUUUCAAUUACAAAUUAUCUUGGUCCCCUCUCUCUCUCUCUCUCUUUCUCCACUUUUGAUUACUAAAGUGGAGUUCUUUGUUUUGACAAAUUACCUCACAAAGCAGCCAGAAACUUUCCUAUUUAUAUUGCUUCCAUCUAUGCACUAUAAAGGGCAGUUAAAGUAUCUAUCAGAAUAAUGUCAGCAUAUCAAGAAUGUCCGUGUUGUGUCCGAUAUCCAUAUAUGUGUCGGUGCUUCAUAGGUUAUCAGGCAUGGGAACCAAAAUUAAAUAUUCCAUAAAUCUUCUAGCAAGGAACAAGUUAGCUGUGAGUGGAGUGAAUGUGUGGGAGCAUUAUCAGAACAAAAGGUGGCUGACCAAUAAAUAUCACAGGAUUGGAAUCAAUAAAUUACAAGGUCAAAUCAUGGAUAAGAUGCUUGGCAGAAAUAAUAUAGAAUCCAUAAAAAAGACAAUGCAGAUGCAUGAAGACAUCUUCAAACAUCAGGUAAGAGAACUACACAGAAUAUACAGUGUGCAAAAGAUGUUGAUGAAUGAUGAGCUAAAAAAUAGAAAACAAAAUUUUUGGAAUCAAAUGAAUGACAUAGAUAAAAAAAAUUCAAGAGGUUUUGAUCUUGAAAAGCCUGCUAUAGAAAGCACAUUUUUUGGAUCAUCAUUUGGCAUUGAUGAAGGUGAGGUAGGGACUAGUUCCUAUACUACUGCAUUUCAGAGUUGUGAAUUAAGUACUGUUGGUGAUUGUUCUAAUGAAGAAAUGGAAGUGGAUUUGACACUAAGCAUAGGAGGUAGCCAGCUUAAUAAGAAUUCUAAUAUGCAGCUUCAAUUAGGAGAAUGCAGUGACACAACCAACCCAAUUAGGAGCAACACUGCGAAAUUUACUCGAGGCUUACAGCUUAAAUAGAAUUUAAGUUUAACUUGUUUGUUUAUUUAUUUGUAAUUGUAACCUUUCAACUCUACAUGGACACUGAAAUUAGUUGGUUCAUGCAUUCAUAUUCCUAGAUUAGUUUCUACUUUAUCGUAAUAAAACAGAAAAGUUUAUACACA